AUGGCGCGUAAAGGCCCUGGUACAGACGGCCCUCUACAGACAGCCCUUCUAGAAUCCACGUCUGCAGCCACAACAAGAGCUUCUGAAGGACAGAAGAUCUUCAGCCCCAUAGCUGCAUUCCUUGAUAAACACCGCAGCCAAACCACCGGCCUUGCUCCUCACCUACUGAGAGCCCUCACCGCCCUAAGCGAUGACCUCGCCUCGGUAGCUCAACAACAUUUCAACGCCUAUAUUAGCGGUAUCUCGACGACCUCCAUUCUACCUGCCCUGUCUCCUUCCCCUUCCUCUUCCCCCAUCCUAAAUCCCUUACCCCCUUCACCCCCUCCCUCACGUCCCCCCUCAGGUCUUAACCAGUCAACUUAUGCGACUAUUACCCAAUAUGCCCCGGUCAAAUCAACCCCCACUACUCACUCUAAAUCCCCUGUUAAAAAGCCUAUGCCUCUGGUGAAACAACCCCUUCCUGACAACCGGCUCUUCGUACGCCUCCCAGCUGACCAUGCAGCUAGAAAAAUGGAAGCCUACGCCAUCUACUCUAGCCUACGGUCUCAACUAAACUCAAACAGUGCAGUGCUAAAAGAAGUUCAAGCCACAAAGACUGGCUUCGCACUAUGCCCCUCAUCUCCAGAAGCCCUCCUAGCCCUUGAGGCCCAAAAAGAGACUAUCUCUGCAUUCUUUGUUAACUGCCAGAUAGAACGCAGCUCCCGACGGGUCUCAUACCGAGUCACCAAUGUGCCAAGGAAAAUUGGCCAAAUCUUGGAUGGCCGAUACUCUCUAAUCCCUAUCAAUCCUACACUACUAUCCUUAGAAAUCAGCGAAACUACUGGGCUCAAGCCUAUAUCUAUCAGCGAGACCGCUACAAGUGCCGCCAACCCUAAUACUCUUUCCUCAAGCUGGUUUGUCAACUUCCCAGAAGGCACGAAAUCACCACUGCCUAUCCAACUACGUCUUUUUGGCACUAUCACCAAUGCCCGUCACCUCUCUAAGAGAACAACAGUUAUCCAAUGCACACGAUGCUGGAAAUGGCAUAACACACGAUCCUGUGCCCGCCCCUCUCGAUGCCGGCUCUGCGGCUCCUUAGAGCAUACUGAAGAGGGCCAUGUCAACCGCUGCACAGCCCUAGAGCCUCAUCAGUGCCCUCCCAGAUGCAUACACUGCCAUGGACCACAUCCAGCUGAUUUCCCAGAAUGCCUCCUGCGCCCUAAAGGCAACACUAAACAUACUAAAGCUCAACAAGCAGAGAUCCGCAAAUCCUGCGCCAUAAACCUCGCAAAAGCUCGAACUGAAGGAGGAUGUAGCUCUCAGCUUUCCAUUGGCACACAAGAAACACCUAUGGCAUUAGAUGAGAUGCCAACUCAGCCUCCAACCCACAAGAUUAUCUCUCCUUUCCGUUCAGUAACCCCCCCACCUCGCGCCCCAACUGAAGAUCCUCCAAUUACAGCUCGCGCAAAGGCGCCUCUCAAAAUCCUACAGCUAAAUGUAGGGCACGCGCCAGAUGCACAUGAAAUAGCUCUCACAUUGGCAUACACAAGCGAUAUUGAUAUUAUCCUAAUCCAAGAACCAUAUACUUUCAAAGAUCUUAGUCGACAGAUCACUAAAAAACACCCAUCAUAUGAAUGCUUCUCCCCAACUGACAGUUGGGCGAUAAGUGGCCGACCACGAGUCCUCACCUAUGUUCGAAAGAAGAAAGGCAUUCGGACCUCCCAGCUCCGCCCCUUCACAACUGACACUAAAGAGGCCUCGGAUCUCCUGUUCCUUCAGAUUUUCUCACCCACAGGAAAGUCUGCUCUGAUAGUCAACAUCUAUAACGCCCCAGCAGGCUCCAUCAGAGCAGGUGAAGCCGCGAAAGCUCUCACAACCCUGCCAGAGGCGUAUCUCCCUCAAGCAACAAUACUUGCAGGCGAUCUCAACCUACUACACAAUAGAUGGCAGCCCUCGCUACAUCGCAGCCCCACACCUUUCGCAGAGCCAUUUAUUAACUGGCUGGAUCUCCAGGGUCUAGUACUCAUUUCCGACAUAGACUGUCCCACACAUGAAAGGGGUAACGUGUUAGACCUCAGUUUCGCCUCAAGCCCUCUGGCACUCGCAGGAGCCAAAGCUAGCAUAGCGAGCCACUUAGAUGCAACCUCAGAUCAUCAACCACUAAUUACCACUGUUCCAUGGGAUCAGAGAUACAAGGAAACAGCUCAGAAACUGAGAUUUGACACACUAGAUCACACUUCCUUCCUUUCGCUCCUCGCCUCUAAUCUUGCUGGCACCGAGAGCUCAGCCGCGACAGAAGAAGAUCUUGAUGCUUUCGCCGAAAAACUGACAUCUGCAAUUCAAGGAGCAUAUAGAGGCUCUGCUAAGAGGACCAUGACACAAGGCAUAGGACAACCAUGGUGGAACGAAGACUGCAAGAAAGCUUUACACAAUUACCGCUUAGGCCUCUGCUCAAAGACAGACUUCCGCAGGAUAACUAGAUGGUCUCAACGACAAUUUUGGCGAGAGAAGCUCUCUACGGUAACACAAAUGAAGGAUGUUUUUGACAUGAGCAAAUGGCAUAAGUCUACAGGCAUCUUCCGAAGCCCUCCACUAAAAGAUCCGCUAAGGCCCAACAGCCUCCCAGCAGUUACUGUACACAAGAAACGAGACGUACUAGUCCGCAAUCUUCUCCAGAACUCGGCAGAGGCAGGAGACAUACCUCUGGACUCCCCAACAGUGCCUUCCACUAGUCUCUACUUCCCAGAUAUAUCGAUGCUACAAGUGGAGGAGUCAGUACUUCAGGCAGGAAACACAGCCCCUGGCGCAGAUGAAAUCCCAACCUGCAUACUCAAAGUAGCCUGGCCUCUGAUCAAAGAUAAGACCAAUCGCUCUCCUAUCAGUACUUGGCAAAGGACUGGAGCGCUUGGUGGCACGGAAUAUGGCAUGGAUCUCUAUACACCAUAA